AUGUUAUCAUUAAUUCAAGUUAUGAAGACGAUUGCUACAUUUUUCAAUAACUAUCGUAUCAAUCGAAAUGUUUAUAAUAUUAAUACAAAUACAACAAUAGAUCGAAUUGAAUGUGAACGAAAUGUAUGCGAAAAAGAAUUACAUAGAUUAAAAUAUGGACUUGAGAAUUUAUUAAAAAAUAAAGCUCAUAAAAAUUUUCAAAUACGAAAGACAAAUUGGAUAGAUCAAUGUUGGUCAUGUUGUCGUCGAUGUACUCGUAAUAGAAAUCAUAUACCUUACAAUGGUUGGAAGAAAUAUGAUUUAAAACGAAAAAUUGCAAAUUUUCUAACAAGCAAAAUUGCUACUAUUGAUCCAACUUGUAAAUCGAUACUUUUCAAAAUUCUUGAAGGAAAAAUAUUAGAUUGUCUUUCUAAUGGUCAAAAAGUUGAUCAAAAUCGAUCAGAUUCUAUUAGUAUUACGUCAUUAUCAACAAGCUAUGAAUCACCGUCUAAUUCUUCUAUAUUAACUGAUAAUGAAUUUCGUUCUCCUCACAUCGUUCUAUCCCAACCAUCAACUACAGACACAAUAUCAACCUUAAAAUCAAGUUCAAUAUCUGCAUUUCCUUAUGGAACGUCAACAUCAAAUGUAGAUCAUACUCUAACAAGGCUAACCUCUAAAAAUGAUAUAUCGAAAGCCAAUGAUUAUGAAAAAUCUACAUUAAGUGUUCCUGUAGCUAAAACAUUACGAUCAAGUGAUAUUUUAUUAGAUAUUUUAAUUGAUUAUGAAAAAGUCAAACAACAAAAUUAA